UGCUUUUGCAAUAAUUGGCGGGGUCAAUCAAUUAAUAGUAAUGCUCGGAAGAAAAAGUAAUGCGGAGAUUUUUCUAUGCUGCUGCAGAGGGACUUGGUCUGCCAAUGUUUCCUCAAGAGGUCUCAAGACGGCUGCCUCUGUGCAACAUGUGAAAAGGCAAAGACAACCUACUGCACCAAGGAGCAAAGCACCGCCUCCCAUAGCAGUCAUCAGAGCUGCGCUACUUGAUUCGAAUCUCCAAUCCAAAACACGACGGACGACUGAGAAAUAUGCGGAGCCUCAUAUUCAAAACAAACAACGGAACCGUCACGAAAAGCUCGAUUUGCACGAGACGCUACUCAACUCCGCUGCACAAUGGGCACGAAAAGUGUCGAACGACCAGAAGAUAAGGACGCUCGUAGGGGCUUAUCGGGAUUCACGGCCAAAUGAAACUCAUUCCAGAGACUUGUUUCGGGACCAAUCUAUAUGGGCUUUGAAGAAUGCGCGCAUUUUUGAAGACAUAAUGGACGGGCUGGCUCUGGUCCUCCACGCCCCCAUCGACUGCCAUCCAUUGGACGACAUCUCAGAGGCUCUGCUGGCAGCGCUCGACAGAUGCAUAGACAAUGGCAGCAUCAUCAACCGCUUGACGGCUCUCAAUGCCUUGAGCUACCAAAUUCGUCGCGAAGGUCAUAAACUGCCUGCUGAUAUAUGCGUGCAGGGUAUGCAAUCUGCAGCGGAUAAUGGAUCGGUGCACGCAUUACAGAGAUAUCUCUUAGAAUUCAGCAAACAGGGUGGGACCUUAUCUUCUGAAAAUCUCCGCCAGAUUCUGAGGCAAUUGAACGUCCAGCCAGUAACUGGUCCGGAAAGCAAGUUUCUCGGCGGGCCAUCUGAUGCACUAGCUCUCUUGACCGGAGAAUCUCAAUCGGGCAUAAAAGACGACUUGGAGGCCCCAGGUGUCAGUUUGCGCGGUUUCCUGGAUCAGAGAAAGAGCGAGGUCUACGGUGACUAUCUUGACGCUCUAGCACGUUUGAAAGCCGACGAAAAGGUCUGGCAAGAAUGGCUUCGGUGGGAACGGCAUGAAAAGGGAGACCGUCAAAAGGAGGGGACUCAGUCGACUGACCCUAUGCCAUCUCUAUUUGCCAAGAGUCUACUUCAGGCAGGAGACCCUAGGCAUGCCUGGAUGGUGGUUGCGGAAUCUGCGGCACAUCCGGCUUUACCUGUUCAGAGGCCAAGCGUUUGGCUGGACCUGCUGGAUUAUCCCGAACACAUGAACGUCUGGCCAAAAGGCAUGGAUGCGGUAGUUCUGGAAAAGUACGAUCAACUCUUAUCUGAGAUAGAGCGCGUUUAUGGCAUAAAAUGGACAGGGGGUGAGGAUGGAAGCCAUAUUCCUGCGCCCGAUGCCGAUGAAGACAUGCAUCUCUUGCUAGCUGAAGAGUUAUGAUCUUCCAUAUACUGGCUCGAACAGAGUGUCUAUGUUGUAUCAAUAGUUUUAAGCAUGCGUAAGGCGUCAUUGUUCUAAAUUCUGCGAGGCUUUUUCGGUCUGAAACGCCAAUAGGGAUUAUCAAACGAGCUGAAGAUAUUGGGUCGAUAUUUAGCCUGUAUUUUAGACUUCUAUUCGCAGACAUUUAGAAUCUAUAUUUAGAUACCCGUUGUCUUCGAGCUUCAAAAUCAUCAUAGUCCCCUCCUACAAGCUUCUGCAAUAGUGAAACUUCACGGGCAGACGUGGUUGCGUGUUGCUCAAAUGCGUCCAU